AUAUGUAUACAGUAUCUCACAGGAUAAACCGUUACGCCCCUUUUGUUGCACGAGAGUGCUGUUUUUCAUUCGUUCCACAAAAACGGCAGGUCAAUAGCAUGUACAGUACCAGUCGGUGUUGUGCCCAUAAAUACAUAUUAUAUUCACAUGAAACUUUUCUGACAUAAUUUAUCACAACACUUUUCGUGACGUAAUAGUAGUCGUUAAGAGCAUCAGCGAUUGUGGGAUUUUCUGAGCCUGCAUCUGCAUAUAUAAAAAUGUUUCCAUUCUGCCAUUCCACGUAUUGUCCUUACAUUUAUCCCUAUUCGUAACAAUUAUCGCCCAAAUGCAACCAAUGCGAAACAGUAUUGUUAAGGUCAUCUGCGGCUGGUUGACGUUAUACUUCGCCUAUAAACUGCUGGCCGUUAUUAUGCGAGUGGAAAUUUUUGAAUACGUUAUCUUAACACUGGGUCGAUGUUUCUUUACCUUUGUGUUUACAGUAGCGGUAUUGAAAUACAUUGAUUAUUUUUAUGAGCGGUCACAAAAAUCGAAAACAGUGCAUCCUCAAGGAAAAGCCGUUCUUAUCACCGGAUGUGACACGGGAUUUGGGUUCGAGACAGCCUUGAGACUUUACUGCAUGGGAUUCCAAGUAUACGCAGGCUGCUUGGACCCAAAAAUUAACGGCGGUCUCACAUUGUCCUCUGUGGACAAGAACAACCGGCUGGUAACUUUGACGAUGGAUGUGACCAACGCGGAACAAGUGGACAACGCCUACCAGUUCAUCUCCAGCCAUCUAGAAGCCAAAAAUCUCAGUUUAUGGGCUAUCGUCAAUAAUGCCGGGGUGUGCUCGUGGAGCGAGCUGGAGUUUUGUUCGACGGAGACUUACCAGAAAGUGUUAAAUACAAAUACCCUUGGAGCAGUGCGCGUUACAAAAACAUUUUUGCCGCUACUGAAACAAUUUCAAGGUCGUCUGAUUAUGGUUUCCAGUCUCGCAGGUCUCCUUAGUUAUCCGGGAUUGACUGCAUAUUGUAUGAGUAAACACGCGAUUGCUGCAUUGGCGGAUGGUUUACGUAAAGAAUUUUCCAAAUGGAAUAUUUCAGUGACAACGAUCGAAUCUGCCGGCUACCGUACUGCAAUGGUCAAUUCACAAAAAGUAAAGCACGAUAUGGACAAUAACUGGAAGAUGGCAUCCAAAUGCGUACAGGAAGAGUACGGCGAAGAAUAUUUUACCGCUUUCCGUAAUGCUCACAUCAAAAGAUUAUCGUCCCUUAGCGAUAAUAUUGGUCAAGCCGUGGACACUAUCGUAACGGCUGUGGAAUCCGAGUAUAUUCGUGAUCGGUACUAUACGUCGUUAAAAGCUGAAAUGCGUGCUUUUGGGAGGUUUUUGCCGCAAGAAUGGCAAGAUAUUUUUAUGUUAACGUUUGAAUCAUUUGAUUCUGUUUUGUGUCGUUUUAAAUUUGGAUUCCAACCAGAACCCGAUGCAAGAAAUGUUCUACUCGCUAAGGCAAAUGAAAUGUCAGAGUUUAAUAGUUUAUCAGCAGACAGCGACUUUACUGUACAAAAAGAUCACGAAAUUUUGUUGGAGGCAACCGAUGCCUUAAUAAAAUCACAGAAAUGCAUUCAGGAGAGCUGCCUAUGGUACAUACCGUAA